GCGGGCCCGCGGCGUGGGCAGCACGGCCAUGUCGGCCUCCCUUGUGCGGCGGGGUCUGGAGCUGCUGGACGCGCCGGGCCCCAGGGUAAAAGCCGCGCCGGGACUGCAGCAGGGGCGGGACGCUGGGAGGCGGAGGAAGAGGAGGAGGAUGCUGGAACCCGCGGGGAAUAAGACGACAGUUAAAGGCAGAGUCGUGAAGUCGGCGAUAGAGGAGUAUCAUAAGAAGAAGGCUGUGAAUCACUUGAGAGAAAACCUGAAGUACAUGUUGAAGGGACGAAUAGUUGCAAACAAAGACAUCACAGAACAAGUUCUUGCUCAGAACAGAGGGAGGAAGUCCAAAGAUCAGCCUCCAAAGAAGGCAGCAAAGAAGAAGCCCGAGGGCACUGUCUUUACCGAGGAAGACUUCCGUAAAUUUGAGAGAGAAUACUUUGGGAGACCAUAAACAGGGUCUUUCUGCAGCUGAGUGCUCAGUACGCAGGACUGGCUCUUUCCUCGGAGUCUUUGAGGCGAGACAGCAAAGGUGUGCCUCUCCAGCAAGGGCUUUCAUGUCACUCCUGCAGAGCAGUUCUGCGUCAGCACAGAACUCAUUACUGGCCAGACACAGGCACGGAGGUUCUCUUGGCUCUCAGGUGCAUUGUCCUCCAGCCAUCACGUCUCAACUGCUUCAUACUGACCAAGCCAAAUAUAAGCCUUGUUCCCCUUCCUCAGAGUGUGAGGCUUCAGCUGCCCAUGUUGUUUGUCAGGGAGCGUUUAGAGUGCUGUGUCUGAAUGGAGAAAUGUCUUGGAUGAGCAGUAAUAAAUCACUGGAAGCAAUGGAUGCUUUGAAAGACUUAAACCUGCCUGGCUCUGCAGUUUCUCUUCCCAUUACAGCCUCUGUCAGGCUUUUCAGCCACUGUAAAUCCUUUUUAUAUGUCAUUUGAUUAAAUAAUUGUCACAGA